UGAGAUUCUGUUGAAAUCUUUAAUCUGAGUCUGCAGUCCUGCACUUACUUAAAGUUCAAUCUUUUUUGCAUUGUUUGACUUGAGCAAGAAGACCUAGAAUACAAGCUGAACUUUAAGCUUUACAUGAUUCAUAUACAGUACAUCUUGUAGUUGUUUGAAAUUUAUAGGGGCGACAAUUAAAAAAAAAAAAGUUUUUUAAGGUAAAUAUAUUCAUCGAAAAAAGGAAUUUAUCGUUGUCCGAAUUGAGUGGAUUUUGAUUUUUUGCUCAUUCAUGUAUAAUGCAACCAAAAGAGUAUGUAAUGCAUUGGGUAGCGUAAGUAUUGCUUAGGAUCUUGUCGGGCUAUUUGAUUGUGUUGUUACAUAUCGUUAGGCAGAUGCAUUAGCAGAUUCAAAGUGAUUUAGAUCAGAAUGUUAAUGAAUAAGUCUAAGCUGUAAUAUUGUUGGAAUGGGAAUAUUUAGGAAUGAAUUAGGAAAGUAAAGAAAGGGACCACUAAGGAUUAUGGACCUCAAGAUUAUUAUAUAGGGCAGAAGCUACAUCUAGUUGAUAAUAUAUUGUAUUGUCACAUUCUGAACUUUCUCUUAUCUCAACUGUUCUCCAAAAAUAUGGUCAUUUCUGCAAAACAAAAUGGAUUGCAAUAAUAUUAUCUUUAUAAAUAUUGAUCUAAGCAAUUGUAACUUCUAGAAGCAAAAGCUACCAUUUUUACAACAGCUUGCUGCAAUUUAUUUAUAGAUCUCCAGCCAGUUUCAUUCGCAUUGAGCUAAAACUUUACCCUGAUGUAUCCGGGUGGAUAUACUGCGGAAGUUACAUGCUUAUCUCCUAAAGCAACAGUCAAAGAUGUUUAUGAGUUUUUUGCUCACUGUGGUGUCAUUGAGCAUGUUGAAAUCAUCAGAUCCGGUGAGGAUUCUUGCACUGCAUAUGUGACAUUUAAAGGCGCCUAUGCUCUUGAAACUGCCAUCCUACUCAGUGGAGCUAAAAUUGUGGAUCAACGUGUAUGUGUGGCACGCUGGGGAACUUAUAUGGAAGAAUCAUAUCCUUGGAAUAGUCCUUCAUGGAAAGUCGAAGACAACAUUGGCUCAACGGACAUUCAUAUGAGCCAGUGCGUCUCUAGGCCUGGAGAAGCAUUGACUGUGGCUCAAGAUGUUGUCAAAACAAUGCUAUCGAAGGGAUACAUUUUAGGAAAAGAUGCAUUAAUCAAGGCCAAAGCUUUUGAUGAAUCUUUUAAAGUCUCUGCCACGGCAACAGCCAAAGUUGCUGAGCUUAGCAAUAGAAUUGGGCUCACAGAUAAGAUACAAUCAAGCAUGGAAACAGUGAAAUCAGUGGACGAGAAGCUCCAUGUAUCAGAUAUCACUGCUUCGGCUAUAUUAGUUACCGGCACAGCAGCUGUAGUUGCAGCUACAUAUACCGGAAAGGCCGCAGCUGCAGCUGCAAAUGCUGUAGUCAAUAGCAGUUACUUUGGCAAGGGAGCUCUGUGGGUUUCAGAUGUACUGACACGGGCAGCCCAAGCUGCCGCAGAUUUUGGCAAAAGUAAGGUUAAUGAAUAAGCGUAAAUCUUAUAUAAAGAACCUAAAUAAAUAUGAUGGGUUUUCUUUUUUUCUUGUUCCUGUGUACAAAUAAAUAGUCUUAUGUUUUACAUCAGCCUUUGGUCGUAUAAAGCUGAAAAUGCAAUUCUUGCAGUACC